GAUGUGUUUUUAUAAAAAACACUGACUACAUGUUCAACAGGAAAGUGACACACGAGAGAAUGCUGGUGAGAUUGUGCAGUGACAGUUUGUUUUUUAUGAAUGGAGACUGUAUAAGUUAGACAACAGCCACAUCUAGUGUUCAACACGAGACAAACAACUAUUCAUGUUAAUACCACAGAUGACUUGUUUGAUUAUGUUUCAGUUUCUUAAACUUUGACUUCUUUAAAUUCAGUUACAUUUUAUAUGUAGUCUCAUGGCACUUAAGGUCAAGGUCUUAAGUGCCAUGAGACCUUGACCUUUUAUUACAGAGAAAACCUACAAUUCCAACAAUGAGCACCACUUAACAACGGGGAAAGAAUCUCAGAACCAUGUGGGUGGAGAGAGAAAUAUUGAAAAACAACCUAUCACAUAAUGGUAAAGAGAUUUUUAGGAUUUUUAGGAUAUAAUUUACAGACAAACACAGACAAAAACUAGGAGAGGUCAUGAUUAUAUUCAUGAUGAAAAAUAAAUAAAUAAACAAUAGUUGAGAAGUAUCAGAUCCAGAUCCUUCAGCUUUUCCUGAAGGAUUUCCAUCAGAUAACAAAUGUGCACCCAUCAAACACAGAUCACAUGGACAGUUGUUGUGUUUCAAAAAAUGUCGAGGGAAGAAAACAUAUUUCAUGGAUUAGGGAUCUAUGCACACGUGCUAAGCAGUUUAACAACUUAACAUUUUACUCAGAUUUGGAUAAGCCACCUCACAUCAUGGAUCAGAAAUAACUUUCUAUAACAGAUGAAAGGAAUGUCCACGUCAUACAUGACCAGUCUGAAAUACUUGCGCAAAAGGAGUUUGUUGGUGGUCAGAUGAGCGGAGGGAAAAAAGUCUAACAGUAAAGGAAAUUAGUAAAUUUUUAAAGCAGAGAACAUUUUUUAGGGUUAGGGGUCAGGGUUAGGGGUUAGGGUUAACAAAAAGGUCAAACAUGCUUUUAAGAAGGGAAAAAUCGACUCAGCUGAGUAAAAAGCUGUGAAUUGAUUAUUUAAAACCAUCAACAUAUAAUUGAGCUUGUUAAGAUUUAAUCAAUUCAAAAUUCCGCAAAACAUUUUAAGAACGGAGAAUGACAUUGAAUUACUGUACUGACACAUGCUGCUUUGGUCACAGUAAGAACAAAAAUCAUAUUUAAAUUCAUAGUUUGGGAUGUAAACAAAAAUCUUCUUAGAGUAGAACUAAACUCAAUUAUUAUUAACCCCUAACCCUCGGUCCAGAGACACAGCUCAAGCCAUAAAUGCUCAUAUUUCCAAAGUCUAUCGUAAGCCUAUGUGCUCGCUCAUGUAAAGGUAGAAAUUACAAAUCAGUCAGGUGUUGUGAAAUAGGUCCCGUCCCAAAGCAGCAAUGUAAGUCAUGGAAAAACAAAAAUCCACAAUCUUGUUAUAUAAAACAUAUAUCCAUCAUGCAGCUUGAAUUGGUGAACUGAAGUGUGUAUGUUUUAGAAAGAUCUUAUUAUGAAGGAUUGUGCACCUUGCUGUCCAACAGAUGCUGGGUCUUCUUUGUGGAGAACAUCUAAAAUGAACUGGAGAAGAAUCUGGGUCUUCUGUGUGGAGAACAUCUAAAAUGAACUGGCACAUCCACUUGUAUGUACAGUUAUAAAUUGGCCUGCUCUGGUUUUCACACGUGCUUGAAAAUAAACGGUACGAAUCUAUACAUUAUUGUUUUGGCUCUGAACGUGGUCCCUUAAUCCCCUCCUCGCUUUUACACAUGCAGCCUCUGUUAUGAACGCGCAGGGGUUGUUAGGUCAGCUCCUCAGCCAUCAGACAAAGAGCCCGUGGAUUGGUGGCCACCAUCAAUCUGCCUCCUAAUCCGGCACACACGUUAUAUAAAACAGCCAUCCAAUCCCGCGUCACACUUGCGGACAACUACUCCAAAGCCUAGCGGUGUGUAUGUGUGUAGGUAUUUCACUUCUCCAGGGCGCAGAGGAACGAGACAGGACCGCAGCACCAUGAUCUUCAUAGUGGACCUGCUGCUGAUGCUCAUCGACCUGACCUACUCCAUCCUGGCUGCGAUCAUCCAGACCUUCCUCCGGCCGAGGCUCAAGAGCAUCGAUGGGGAGCUGUGCCUGAUAACGGGGGCCGGGGGCGCGCUGGGUCGCCUGUUCGCCCUGGAGUUCGCCAAAGAGGGUGCGCGCCUGGUGCUAUGGGACUGCAACACGGCCGCCAACGAGAAGACCGCCGAGCUGGCGCGGGAAGCUGGAGCGGAGGUGCACGCGUACACGGUGGAUCUGUCCAAGCGCCCCGACAUCUACCAGGCGGCGGACCGGGUGAGGGCGGAGGUCGGGGAUGUGUCGAUCCUGGUGAACAACGCGGGCGUGGUGGCCGGGAGGAGGCUGCUGGACUGUCCCGACGAGAUCCUGGAGAGGACCCUGCUGGUCAACUGCCACGCGCUCUUCUGGAUGACAAAGGCCUUCUUGCCUCAGAUGAAAGAAAAGAACCACGGACACAUUGUGACCAUUGCCAGUGCUCUCGGACUCUUCAGCACAGCAUGUGUGGAGGAUUACUGUGCGAGUAAAUUUGGAGCUGUUGGUUUCCAUGAAUCACUGACACAUGAGCUGCUGGCAGAGGAACUGGACGGCAUCAAAACCACUUUAGUCUGCCCUUACAUUGUAGACACAGGGAUGUUUGCAGGAUGUGAGAUCAGGAAGGAGCUCAGGGGUCUGAUUCCACCUCUGCAACCACUUUACACUGUACAGCAAUCCAUGAAGGCCAUUUUAGCCGAACAGCUAAUGAUCUGCAUCCCUCGCAUCAUGUACAUCCCCUUCCUCACACGAGCGUUGUUACCGUGGGAGGCGAACCUGGCCACAUAUCGCUUCAUGGGAGGGGACAAAUGUAUGCUACCCUUCAUCAAGAACGUUGAAUCGAAGACGUCCAAUGGCCACAUAAAAUCCUGCUAACACUUCUGUUACUGUUUUAUAACUUUGUUGAAUAAUGGACCAAUUGAAGCACCGAAGGCUCCUACUAUACAUUCUUAAUAUAUGAAUAUGUUAUCUGAAGGGAGAGCCCAAUAUCUACACCCAAUCUCAGGCUGCAUGGAAACUUGACUAGCAAUAUAGUGACUCUCGAUG